AUGUCUCUGUCUAAACAUGUCAAGCCGGAGCAGCUGCUCCAAUCUGUCAAGGAGCAUGGAAAUAAAUUGGUGCAGGGCAAUCAUCAUGAGAUGAUCUUAACUCCCUACUCCUCUCGAUACGCUUCUCGAGAGAUACCAAAGUUCAAAUUACCUUCAAAUGGUAUUGAUGCGGAGACAGCGUAUCAACUGAUCCAUGAUAUCCUCGAUUUAGAUGGCAAAGAAAAUGCUAACUUGGCCAGUUUUGUUAACACCUGGGCGCCAAAACAAGCCAUACAACUCUGCGUUGAAAACUUGGGGAAGAACUUGAUUGAUCAGGACGAGUACCCCCAAACCCAAAUCCUUCACACACGAUGUGUUUCGAUGCUUGCACAUCUCUGGCACGCUCAAGAUUCAUCAAACGCAAUAGGUACCGCGACGACUGGCUCAUCGGAAGCUAUUCAACUUGGUGGCUUGGCUAUGAAGAAAAUUUGGCAAGCCAAGCGUAAGGCAGCCGGUAAAUCCAUCCACGAACCGGGUCCAAACAUCGUGAUGGGUGCCAAUGCGCAGGUGGCGUUGGAAAAAUUUGCCAGAUAUUUUGAUGUGGAGACGAGAUUGGUGCCCGUUUCCGAAAAAACCAACUACUGUCUUGACCCAGAAAAAGCGAUGGAAUAUGUAGAUGAAAACACUAUUGGCGUGUUUGUCAUAUUAGGUAGCACUUACACCGGUCACUUUGAGCCAGUAAAGCCGCUCUCUGACCUUCUUGAUGCGUACGAAGCCAAAACGGGAAUCUCCAUUCCGAUUCAUGUUGAUGGGGCUUCGGGAGCUUUCCUAGCCCCCUUUGUUUAUCCGGAUCUUGAAUGGGACUUCAAGCUCCCCCGAGUGGUUUCCAUCAAUACCUCAGGACAUAAAUUUGGGCUCACUUAUGUCGGGUGUGGCUGGAUCAUUUGGCGAGACCAGGCUCACUUACCGAAGGAGCUGAUCUUUGAGCUUCAUUAUCUUGGCUCCGUCGAAUAUUCUUUCUCGCUCAACUUUUCACGACCGGCGCAUCCUAUUAUUCACCAGUAUUAUAAUUUUGUUCAACUCGGUUUCGAGGGCUACCGCCAAUUUGCUCUAGCUGAUCUAGCUAAUGCCAGAUUGCUAUCCCGAGCGCUAGAGAAAAGUAAUUACUACAAAGUGUUAUCCGACAUCCACAGAAAGAAAGUCGACAUGCAGAAGCCAAGAGGCCAGGUUCUUGGCGAGUCAGGCGUUAAGUUCGACGAAUAUGUGAUGGGUUUGCCCGUUGUGGCAUUUUGCUGGACUGAGGAAUUUAAGAAAAAGCACCCACACUUGAAGCAAUCAUGGGUUCAAACUUUACUACGAGCGCGUGGAUGGAUCGUGCCCAACUACGAGUUACCUCCGGAUCUCGACGACUUGCAAAUUUUGCGAGUCGUUGUUCGCGAGUCUAUGUCACAAGAGCUUGUUGAUCUUCUUUUCACUUCAAUAAUGGAGAUAACGGAAUCCUUGAUUAAAGAUGGAGGCCCAGGGAACUGCAUAGAUGCCAUUCCAAAACGUCAAACACACGAACACGCAUUUGGAAACCACAAACAAAAAGAAGCCAACAAAUUAGUCAG